AUGGCAGCUGUAGAGAUUCCUUUGCCGGUCUCUAUGCAGAAUGUUCCACAACACAACGUAGCUCAGCACUCUGUUCAUACCUCCGAGCCUGUUGAAAAUGCCUCAACUAUUGACGGUGACAAAGAUGCCUCUAUCUUCACCGAUGACGUGGGAGGUGUACCUUCCACAACAGCGACUUCAGAAGAGUCUCAUGAGGCUGACAAAACUGCUGAUGCCAGCAACCAUCCUCCUCAUGAGACUAAACUUCCUAAAGAGAAGCACAGAGAAAAGAUUCUCAUGGAACGUCUCAGUUCCGCUAUAAACAAGGCGAUCGCAGCUGAUUCCAACACUAACACCGACUUGAAGGUGGUAACAGAUAAGAGAAGCGAGCAACGCUAUAUCAAAGUUAGAUUCGGCGGUUCGGAACGUUACGUCGUGCCUUGGACGGCGUGUUACUCCUGGCGUGCCAUGGAAGCACUUCUAAUGGAGUGGUAUCGCGAAGAUGAAGACACUCUGCGUGACAUCAGUAAUGGCGACAUCACCAUCUUUCACAGCGUCAACGGCUUCAUACAUCCGCAAACUUGGGAAGAGGUUAUCGAGCAUGACUCUCAGAUUGACUUUUGGGCUCACUCUGCGUAUGACUCGGACGAUUCAGACGAUUCAGAUCCGCCAGAAAGUAAACAAUACGAAAGCAGUGUGCAAUAUGUUGUUAACUUCCGACGAAGUGGGGCCGACGAUAAAGAGUAUUUGGUUACAACAAAGAUAUACAAGGAACCUGUGGAAUUCGAGGUUGCCGACAACAAUGAUAGACUACCUGCGUUACAAGAGAUCAAGGAUGUUUUAUCACCGCAUCAUCAGGACACAGAGACAACCGGAGAAAUCACCGAUGGCAAGAAGACGAAGCUUGGAGCCCAUGAUCGCGUCGUCGACACAAGCCUGAGGAUCAACUCUCAGUAUCUUCUCAACGUUCUCAAGUCUAUGAUCACGUACACGGUCGAUUCAUCCGAAGAGCGGGCGAACGAUCUAGUCACUGGCCUGUUCUAUCACCCUUACCAAGAACUCUUUCACUAUCUUCCAGACUUGCUUGAGUACCAGAACAAAAUCGCAGCUCUCCGUAACAAGCAUACCACUUUUUUCAAUGAGAAGUUCGAUGAGCAUCUGACCCUCCUCAACGAUUACCUGCAUUCGAAGUCUGGUGUGCCGACCGAGGAAUUUAAAGCGCGCCUUGAAAGGAAGACACCCACUGUCACAUUUGCUACGUACUGGUUGCUGCUCAAAACGGGAACCGAGGUAUACGUUAGAGAGAAUGAUGGAUCUCUCAAUGCAUAUAUAUUACACUCGGUGCAUGGGGGGCCCUCUCAGCGUGGAGGGGAAAAGAUCGAUCGCAGUUAUAAUAUCCUUGUCUGGAACCUGAUGUUUGAUGGGAGAUACUUAGCACCCCGCCUCCGGAACCUUCAGAUUAAGGUCUUUGAUAACGAACGAGAUAUCACAAGUCUCACCGUUUUUCCAUCUCGCUUCAUUGAUGACAAUGACAGUGGCAAAUUGGAAGAAAGGCUUGUCGAGCGUGGCAAACACUACUUUGCUUACUCUAAAGCACCAGCUUUCCUACAGUAUACAGGCAAUGGUUUAAAGGUUGCGCAUAAGACGUACAAACGUGCUCGUGUUGUCGUCGAACAUGCCUCCUCGCCCUGGAAUGAAAAGGAGUUUGACCACCUUACUCAUCAUGUCCCUCUCGCAUUCACGGAAACCGUUCGCGUGGCGACCCGCGUGGCGCGCUGUGAGUGCAAGGAUUGCCGAAUGUCCUAUGACUUGCAGGAGACAUACGAUAAAACACCUUUCAGUGAUUACCUCGAUAUUGUACCCAGUAAGACUGAAGCGCUUGAGCGUCAACAGUAUAAGAUCAUGGCUUCUCAUAUGUUUGCGUUUGUCUUGAAAGAUCGAACAUACGAUCUGUUGGCUGUUGAAGGACUCGAACAAGCGAACAUGGCUGAAGACGCUAUCAGUAGUCUCGUGAUGGAAGACAACAACAAGGAGAUGAUCAAGGCAAUAGCUCGGACUUACACCGAUAGUGACCAGUCUUCAAGAUUCAGUGCAGACUUCAUCCACGGUAAAGGCGAGGGCCAGAUCAUCCUGCUGCAUGGCCCUCCCGGUACUGGGAAAACACUCACGGCUGAAUCUGUUGCCGAAUAUACCAGGCGACCAUUGCUUAGCAUCACCGCAGCCGACCUAGGUCACGAGCCCGAAGCGUUAGAGGAGAGCCUGUUGCGCUACUUCAAGAGGGCCAGUGAUUGGGAUGCUAUAGUUCUGCUUGACGAAGCAGAUGUAUAUCUUGAGCAGCGCACGACUCACGACUUGAAGCGCAACAGCAUUGUGUCUGUGUUUCUACGGGCGUUGGAUUACUUCCAGGGCAUACUCUUUCUGACCACAAACCGUGUGGGUCACUUCGACGAAGCUUUCAUGUCACGCAUUCAUCUGUCGCUUGGAUAUGAACCGCUCAGCGAUAACGCACGGGAAAAGAUCUGGGACAAUCUGUUCAAGAAGCUACAGCAGGAUCGCAAACGUGGCGGACCUGAGAUCACCUACGAGUAUGACGCCAAGAGAUAUGUCCAAAGCCGCGACGUUCAGGCUCUGGAAUGGAAUGGUAGAGAAAUUCGAAACGCUUUCCAAACCGCUGUGGCGUUGGCUGUGUUUGAUGCCAAGUACAAAACAAGCGGCAAAGUGCCAGAAGUAACAGAAGCCCACCUCAAGCAGGUCGUCUCGAUGUCUUCAGCGUUCCGAAAAUAUAUGACGGCAACGCAUAGCGGUAUGGAUGCCUCGUCCUGGGCGCAUAAGCAUGGUAAUCGCGAAGACAAGUAUCCGAACACGCCGGCGAAGUAG